UCUCUCUCUCUCUCUUUCUCUCUCUCACUCGCACACGUGUUCAAUCAUCUAACACUGUCAUUCCUUGAGGACUAAAUCAAACAACACUGCCACCUUGUGCCUGCUCCAUAUGCAAGGCAUUAUACAGAGCCUAAAGUCAGGAAGAGCAAUUGCCCACAUAAAACUCAGCUCUUAAUUUUCAUGUGGUGAUGUGUUUGGCAUUUGCUGGUGUAGCUAUGUAGCCUAUGUAAAAGGUAUAUUUAAUAGAAAUUGCAUCAUACAUUUGUAUUAGAAGCAUUGCUUUAAUAGCGUUCUCAUCAUGAAGAUUCAUUUUCAUAUAUAUAUAUUUUAAAAAAAAUAUUUAAAGAAAAUAUUCAUAAUAUUUAUUAUGUGUGUAUGGUGGCUGUUUACUAAUUAAUAUUAGUGAUAAUUAUUAUUAAAAAAUACAAUUUCAAAACACAAUUACAGAAACACAAUCCGUUUACUUUUUCAAUUCGUUUAUUGGCAUCUUAUUUCAUGAAAAUAAAAAUAAAUACUGACAAACAUAAAGCUUUAUAUUGAAUAGCCAAUGAGCUUUGUUUUUAUGGGAUAGAAUAAUUAAUAAUAAUAACAAAAAUUAAUAAAAAUCAGUUGGUAGGCUACUCCGCUGAAUCAAAAAACUGGAGCUGCGAUCAUCCUUCAUGGGCCUCUUGAAAUCCACAUAUGAGACUGGAAUGGAGGAAACAAAAACAAAAAAUGUCAGCAAUAAAACCAGUUAUUAUGAACAUGCAUCUGCUGCUGGUAAAGGCAUUUUUUUAGUAAUGGAAUUGUUAAAAAUAUAUAUUUGUGUGUGUGUGUGUCAGUGUGUGUGUGUGUGUGUUCUGUUAAUUUGUGACAUUAGAAGUGUUGAGAACCGUGAUUCUUUUUUUAUAAAGAAAUAUCAACUUAUUUAAAACUAAGUUUGUGUGAAUUCAUUUUCUCUUUAAAAAAAAAAGCAUGAGCGGUAAUUUAUUAAAGCAGAAUGCUUCUGUGUGGGCUUGCAUAUGGUUCGUCGAUGUGCAAGUGUGUAUUUAUGAGUAAGUGUGGGACAGAAAGCGAGUGGAGGGCGGGGUUGUUCUGCUGUGAGUUUUCCUUUGCCUCGAAAUAAUCACUGUCUUUUGUUUGCCAUUAAAAAUGGAAUCUGUUUAACUAAUCGUUGUGCUUGUACGUAUAUAAGGUGCAUAAGAUUUAUUCAUUUGUGUAUUACAGUUACUUUUAAGGUUAAUAGCAAUGUUCUAAUCAGGUUUAUGAAACUGACACAUUUAUUAGCAUCUGACUAUCAUUUGUGUAAACUUCGAGCCAGUCUCGUGUCUGCCACCGCUAUUGAAUUCGAAUCAUACAAGUGCAUAAUUCAGAGAAAAUUAAAACAAAUUCCAGGCGAACUUUCAAUUCCAAACAUUUCCUUACAAGAACCGCAGGGCAAUGUGAGUUCGCUCUAUACUUCAAAACAUCUUAUUCAUGGAGGUCAUUACGCGGCCACAUAAUUUCACAGAAUUAUCUUGUGCUAGUUAAAAACCAUAAUGCAACUUUGGAUCGUGUGUUGUUAUAAGUGCUUAGCUGCACAUGAAGCUCUGUUACAGCUGUCACGUUACAAUUAUGGAUUUUGUUUUUGCAUAGAUAGAUCGACAUAGAUGACAGGGUAGGAAAGUUGGGCUUGGAUAAGAAAGCUAUAAGACUCAUCGUUGGAAUUUGCAAUUGUGAACAUCCGUUACAAAUAAAUAGGCCAAUGAUAACAUUCAUUUAACUCUCGAGAAUGUGCAGACUAGGCCAUUACAGAGCACAGUUAGGAUGUGCAUUGCUUGCUUUUUCCCAGAUCGUCAUAUCACGUAUAUUACGCAUUAGAAGUAAGUACGAUUUUGGCGCACAUUAGUGCGUAGUUUCGUCGAGUGUAAAGAGAAUACAGGCCAAACGGGAUGUCUAUUUAUUGCCUCUUCAAACGCUAAAACACAACCGUGCGAUUUGUCUUAAGGGCUGCAAUAAAACACUUAAAGCUCUUUCUCUCAGUCACAUCAACAUAGCAUCUGCAGACUAAGUGUGGUGUGUUUUACCCGCUUCUUCAUUCACAAUACCGAUGCCAUAAAAUAGAUCACAUUUUUAAAAAUCUCCCCAUCAAAGGCUUUCAGUUCAAAGUCGUUGAACCAAUAUUCAACAUCAAAGAGUCACAUAUAUAGAUUCAACCUACACUUAUCUGAUCUCAAUUCCCCCAAACUACACAUCGGAGAAUAUAGCCUGGUCAUUUACUUAAACAAUUAAAAGAUUUCCGAAUUGAUCAUGCUUCUUUAGUUUGCUUUUAGCAGCAUGCUUAUAUGCAAUGUGUAUAUCGUACUAGCGUGAUGAAAAUGCAGGCCUAAUUAAAUUAAAUAUAAUUAUUGCUGUAAAAAGAGUUUAUUGCUUUUCAAAUAUUUGAAAUGGCAUCUGUUCAGUUUCCACCGUCUUAAACAGGCUAAUGAAAUAUGGUAAAACGUGAGCACGCGUCUUUCACGCAAGACAUAUUUUUUAUUACACUUAUAUAUUACUUUAAUUAGUUUAUUUUCACAGUAUACAUGGUGUAAUAUUGUAUAAAUUAAAUCAUAGUACUACGUUAUGGUCCACAUCGCCAAUAAUGACUACUAGCCUAUAUUUAGUGUUUGCGGCCAGUAAUUUAUAAUUGUAUUUUUGAUUACUUUUAUUGCAGUCCGGUUAAAAUUAUAUUAUCAUUAUUAUUAUUAUUACAACUACUACUACUAGCUAUUAGUAUAAACGUCAAUGAAUUAACUUCAGAAGAUAUUUAAUCAUAUUAAUAUGCAGCUGUCAUAAACUGAUGAAAUAGCACUUACCAUAUUGAUGUUUGAUAUUCUCCUAGUAGAGAUUUGCCUAGAAGAGUAACAUUUUGUCGCUCUUAAAUUUUGUCUAAAAUAUGACAACCCAUCAAAAACAUUAAUCCGAUAUAUUGACUGAUCCCGCUAUUAGGUAGGCUACGUUAGCAUAUAAAGAAAUAUUGUAUGCAUUUAAUCAGUAGUUAAGCAGAUUAGCCUGUUUUAUAGCUGCUAAAUGCCUUUUCUCUCUGUCGGGCUGGAAGUAAAUUUUACUGUUCUGUCAAUCUCGUGUUUUGCGCACCUCUUUCUAAACCACUGUUUUUGGCCUCACACGUUCCGUCAUGUGGCCUGAAUUAAGGUCAUGGAGCAUACCGUAACCAUUCGGUUAAAACUUGUCCUUUUCCCACCACUGAUUCUUUAAACAUGAUAUAAACAUAAAUUGUGCUUUACAUGAAUGUAGUUGCAAGCAUUUAAGAGAGCAGAACAGUUAUAUUUGUAUUGUUCAACAGAUCGUUUGCUUAAAUGAUCACUGUAAGAAAUUCUGUAAAGAAAAAUACAAAAAUAAAUAAACCAUAUCUAUUAAAUUAAUAGUCAAAAGCACUUACAUUUUGUAAAGAUGUCUCCUAGUAUAAUUUUUAUUCAUAAUCAUUUUGCAUACCCUACAAAGUUACAUGCUAAAAAAAAAAAAAUGAGCAGCUUUCUGUCCACAACACAAGAGACUCGCUGCACAGCCCCCAUACAUUCAAAGGGAUAAUUGCCUCAGAGCUGGAAGUCCUCAGUUGGUUUUGUGACUUUUAUGGCACCAAGGCGCGUUUGACGCAUUCUUUAGUAAGAUGCCCCUUCCCCCUUCCUUACUCAGGUUCUUUUUACCAUUGAAAUUAUCAAUACAUUACAAAUGGGGAAAGGAAAAGAACAGACGUUUCCCCUUCAGUGCAAUAAAAGCUCGAGGAAAUCGGGGAGAGAAACAAACGUUAUAGGGAAAUAUCUACUGAAUAACACAAAGAAUAGUGUAGUCCUUUAACUUGUUGACUGACGACAAUGACGCGAAUAUUUCUAAUAAUAUAAUAUUAUAUGUGCAUCAGCAGAUUUAUUCACAGUUAUUUAAUUAAAUUGUGAAAUUCGUAUUGAAAAAGGGAGGGUUAACUAUAUCUGUGUAGAUAAGGCGUAAACAGCCUUGUAGCAAUUAGCCCUUGGUUAUUUGCUUUUUUUAAAACAAUGGGUUCUAUUUAGAGAUUAACAUUUGAGUUAUAUGAUCCACCGAGUAGUUGGAGUAAUGAAGUUAAUAAAGUUUGUUGAGUCGAGAAGAAAUAGGCUACAUAUAGUAAUAUUAUAAAAUAUAAAUAUAUACAGGCUUGGUGUUAGUCAGCGACCACAAUCAAAGUGAUCUUACAUGUAAUUAAUUAAGAAGAAAUUUAGCUCGUUGUAAAAGGCAUGUGUAGAUUUAUCUUCACAAUAGCACGUGGAGAAGCUUUGUACCGGCGCAUAGAACAGAUUAACUCGGUGAUUAAUGCACAAAAAGACAUAAUUGAUCGUUUGUGUGAGUGCCUAUUCUGUAUUUUUGUGUGUGUUUACUUAAACAUUAUCAACUGAAGCCACAAGGAUAAGAAGCUAUACGCUCGAUAUUCCUCCGUACACAGCGCAUUCAAUUGGCUGAAAGUGGUCAGGUGACGCUGUCAUAUUGUCCUUCCAUGAGCCAAGCCUUGGCUAUAACACUUGCUUUGCGCGUCUUAACCGGAGACUGGAAAUUAAUAUUAUUGAAAUCAUUCUGAAGUUCAUUUGAAAGAGAGUUAGGAAAGCAGGCGGGAGGCGGGAGACGUGUGUAUGUGACAGAAGGAAGCAGACCCCAAAGCACAAAGAAAGAAAGUGUGAGAUUAAGAGAGGGGAAAUAAGAUAGGAGGGUGAGUUGAUGAGAGGGCGAUAGGAAAGGUAUGAAUUCGUAUUUCGCGAACCCGUCGCUCUCGUGCCAUUUAUCUGGUGGGCAAGAGGUUUUGCCCAACAUGCCACUGAACACGACCACAUAUGAUUCAGUCAGACAUUUUUCGUCUUAUGGCACCUCAGUGACCCAAAACCGGAUUUAUGCGUCCCCUUUCUAUUCACCUCAAGAUAACGUUGUGUUUGGAUCAAGUCGAGGACCGUACGAGUAUGGAUCUAACGUGUUUCUUCAAGAUAAGGAUGUUCUUCCCAGUUGCAGGCAAACUAGUAUGGGACUCAAUGCGCAGAGCCACGUUGCCCAGGAGUACAACCUGGAACAAGCUCGUGCAGGAACACAGGAACAGAAAGGGAACAACAUUCAGAUUUUCCCGUGGAUGCAGCGCAUGAAUUCGCACAGCGGAGUUGGGUACGGGUCAGACAGAAGAAGAGGUCGCCAGAUUUACUCCAGAUACCAAACCUUGGAACUGGAAAAAGAAUUUCACUUCAAUCGGUAUCUAACCAGACGCAGACGCAUCGAGAUCGCCAACGCUCUGUGUCUAACCGAGCGUCAAAUCAAAAUCUGGUUCCAGAAUAGGCGCAUGAAAUGGAAGAAAGAGACCAAUCUAACUUCUACCGUACCGGGGAGCGAAUCAACGGGUACUCCUCAAGAGACCGAGAAGGAGACCGAGGAGGAAACCGAGGAAGCUAAAAAAAAAGAUUAGGAAACCCAUUUCUAGUUCUUGAACGCCUGUUAACUGCAACGUAACUACCUAAACUCUGAGAAUUUGCAAAUAUUAAUGCAUGGACUGUAUACUCUGCUAUUCCUUUGACUGCCCCCUCCUCCUCCGACCUGAAUACCAUACACGAGCUCUACAACAACCACCACGCCACUAACAUAUACACACGUUGAAACAAAUGGAGAGAUAAAGAGAGAGAAAGACGCACAUGUUAUCCACCAUAAUGUAAUUCACUUCUCUUUGUAUUGAAAAUAGCUCAUUUGCUGCGUGGUAACAAUGCCACGGAUGAACUUUUUGUGUGGUUCUAGUAUUAUCAUGUUGCUAUAGGCUAGUAGAAAUUACAUUAGAUGAAAAUGUAUUCGAAUUUAAUAAGUAGGCUACGUCUCCCCAACUAUUAAGCCUCUAAACAGUACCAUAAGCAUUCCAGAAGUGAAGGAAUCUUCUUAUAUGCACAUUCAGUGUUUUUUUUUUUUUUGUGGAUGCAUAUUUGUACAAUGAAACAAGCACUGACGGGUUGAACAAUACUACCUAAAUCCUUAAUGCAUUUUUUUUUCUUUUUUCUUUUCUUAAAAUUGCCUUUGCCCUGUCAGUGUUCUGUUGUUCAAAAUGCCGCUGUACUGGCACAUUAACUGUUGAGAGAACAUCAAAAAAUACAUUUCAUCAUAUUUGUAGUUGUAUGCAUAUAAACUUGUCUUAAAGUGAGAAUCACACCCAUAUGAAAACAAACAUAUACCUUGUUACGCAAUUAUAUUGUUUGUGUAAACUGUGUAUUAUUUAAUAAAAUUCUUGAAAACAACAAAA